AUGAUAGACAGGCGGCAGACCUUGCUUGCUGGGGGUGAAGAAGACUUGAAGCACUUCCGGAUGAAGAUCAAAGACUACAGCCUUCAAGAAAAACUUGUUUCCUCCCAGGGCCAGUUCUGUGACUACUGCAAUUCUGAAGACCCCAGGAAAGCACACCCAGUCACCAAUGCCAUUGAUGGAACCGAACGUUGGUGGCAAAGUCCUCCUCUUUCCUCAGGCACACAGUACAACAAAGUCAAUGUCACCUUGGAUCUAGGGCAGCUCUUCCAUGUGGCCUAUGUCUUAAUCAAAUUUGCAAAUUCUCCUCGCCCUGACCUUUGGGUCUUGGAAAGAUCUGUGGACUUCGGAAGCACCUAUUUACCUUGGCAAUAUUUUGCUCAUUCUAAACUAGACUGUGUGGAACAAUUUGGGCAGGAGGCAAAUAUGCCUGUGACUGGGGAUGCUGAUGUCCUUUGCGUUACUGAGUAUUCCCGUGUUGUUCCUUUGGAAAAUGGUGAGGUCGUGGUGUCCUUGAUAAAUGGCCGGCCAGGUGCAAAAAAUUUUACUUUCUCUCACACCCUGAGGGAGUUUACCAAGGCAACAAAUAUCCGCUUGCGUUUUCUUCGAACCAACACCCUUCUUGGACACCUCAUCUCCAAGGCACAGCGAGAUCCAACAGUCACACGGCGAUAUUACUAUAGCAUAAAGGACAUCAGCGUUGGUGGGCAGUGUGUUUGCAAUGGCCAUGCUGAAGUGUGUAAUGCAGACAAUCCUGAAAAACUGUUUCGAUGUGAAUGUCAGCACCACACCUGUGGGGAGACGUGUGAUCGCUGCUGUCCCGGCUAUAAUCAGAGGCGGUGGUGGCCUGCCACUUCGGAGCAGAGUAAUGAGUGCGAGGCAUGCAACUGCCAUGGCCAUGCCAUCGACUGUUACUAUGAUGCAGAUGUUGAGAGGCAGCAGGCAAGCUUGAAUAGUCAAGGCAUCUACGCAGGUGGAGGGGUCUGCAUUAAUUGUCAGCAUAACACAGCUGGUGUAAACUGUGAAUCGUGUGCUAAGGGUUAUUACCGCCCUCAUGGUGUUCCAGUUGACGCCCCCCAUGGCUGUAUCCCUUGCAGCUGUAACCCUGAACAAGCGGAUGGCUGUGAGCAGGGCUCGGGCCGCUGUUACUGCAAGCCAAACUUCCAUGGAGACAACUGUGAGGAGUGUGCAGUUGGAUAUUACAGUUUCCCGUUUUGCUUAAGAAUUCCCAUUUUUCCUGUUUCUACUCCCAGUCCUGAAGAUCCAGUAGCAGGAGAUAUAAAAGGCAAGUAA